AUGGCAUUUAAAAGCGCAAUUUCUUUAGAAACCCUAUACCCUACUAGUUCAUUAAAACUGACAACACCAGCUUUUACACCAGAUCCUAAAGAAAAGUUUUCUGGAUUUAUACCAAUGGAGAAAUUAGAUAUAACAUAUAGUGCUAGCUCAGGACCAGGAGGGCAAAAUGUAAAUAAGGUGCAUACAAAAGUAGAUCUCCGGUUUAAAUUAAGUGAGGCUGAUUGGUUACACCCUGAUAUUAGAGAGAAAAUGAUGGAAUUGCACGGCAAGAAGCUCACCAAAGAUGGAUACCUAAUCAUCAGGUCGGAUACGACGCGAUCCCAGCAGCUGAACCUGGCGGACUGCUUACAGAAGUUGCGUAACUUGAUCCGAGACGCCGCAAUCACACAGCGCCAACCCUCGCCCGAGACACAGGAGAAGAUUCGCCAGAGGCAUCUGAAAGCAGCCCGACUCCGCGUGGCGUUAAAACGCGAGGAGUCACUAAAGCGCGCCCUGAGGCAACCGCCCACUGUUGUGGACUUAUGA